GCGAAAGCGAGCACGCGCUAUUAAUAACACGUUAAGAUUACAUUAAAGGAAAGCUAGGGAUCCAAUCAGAUCUGAUUAAAUCUAGUAGAUUCACACAAAAAAACCGCUUCUUGUUAAAAGUAGACUCGUAUGUUCGAGGCUUUAGUUGUUUUGAGCUUAUGUCAUGAGCUACAGGCUACUAAAGAACCACUAAAUCGAAAUAAAUACAAAAAAAUAUAUAUAUAUAAUGGAGUUGUGAAGUAGCACAGAUGUCUAGAUGAUUCGUUAAAUUAGAUUGUUUUAUUAGCUUUAUACUAAUUUGGUUUGUUUGUUUUUGUAUGAACUUUAAAAUUACUACAAAUUAAACAUGUAUAAGGAAUGAAAUGUGUAUAAUUAUAGUCGGUAUAAAUAGGGCUGAUUGAGAAACCUGAGCAGGUUGACAUGUUCAGGCUGCACAUAUCAAUUAUUAAAUCAGUAAAUAAGAGUUUAUCGGGCAGGUUUGGGGUAAAAGUGCUCAGUGCAGGGGUUCAGGUGAGAAGAGAAGUCUCUCGUCCUGUCCCUGUCUCAAUCUGGACGCCUCAGAGACAAGCUCUCACAUUAACAGCCAUCUCAGAACUGAGCAGGAUUUCAGUCCACAUGGAAAAGGAUGGUGCCCUCGAACCAUCACCAACAAACAUGGAACAGAUCACAGUGGCAAAAAAGGUGGCGAAGGUGAAAAGGAACCUCAGGAAACCACGGGGACGUAAGCAGAAAGCGAAGGAAGCCGACUGCGCGGUGAAGCUCCUGGCUGAACUUCCCUUCACCAGCACCGAGGUCUGGAAGGAACUCGGAUUCUCCGACCCUCAGGCGAAAGGGAAGACGAAGGGGAAGAGGAAGGAGAGGGGACAUGUGGAAAACGAGGAGGACGGAGAGAAAGAGAAGAAGAAGAAGAUAGAUAGUCCUCGCCCUAAUUACUUUGUGUCAAUCCCCAUCACCAACCAAAAGAUAAAACAGGGCGUGGAGGAAGUCCAGGCUGAGGUGCUACAGAAGGACCCUCGUCUCUCCAGAGCUCUGAUUCCUGUUGGCACCCUCCACAUCACGCUGCUCGUCACACACUUAUCCACACAGGAGCAGAUCGACACAGCUGCAUUAGCAAUAGAAGAGAUGGAGUCUAUGUUGACGGCUCUGGUGGGUGGGCGGAGCCUCGUGCUGCCAUUCUGUGGCAUUGGUCACUUCAAACAGGAAGUAGCGUUCAUCCAGAUCGAAGAGGGAGAGCAUCUCAGUACCCUCACACACAUCGCAGACUCAGUCAGGAAGGCGUUUGAGGAGAAGGGGAUCCCAGCUGGAGACCAGAAAGCUUUCAAACCUCACCUGACCUUCAUCAAGCUCUCACGAGCACCAAAGCUCCGGCGCCAGGGAGUCAAGAAGCUGGACUCAAGCCUGUACGCUGCGUUUGAGCAGCGAGUGUUUGGUGAGGAGAACGUGUGCACCAUGGAUCUAUGCUCCAUGCUGAAGAAGAAGGAUGCUGACGGGUACUACCACCGCGAGAAGACUGUCACAUUCGAUCUUUUGCAGAGCGCGCGGCGCACCUCACGGACAAGUGGUAAACGUGGCCCAGAGCUCGACGACGAUGAGCUGCUAAGUCUGAGUAAGAGGCUGGUGGAGGACGCCGUGUCGCGCGCGGUGCAGCAGUACAUGGAGGAAACGCAGCAGAACGGCUCCGCCCCUAAAGACGAGGCUCCGCCCAAAUGACAGCGCGACCACUGAUCUCAGACUCUCAUCCGCCUGGGUGGAGCCCCGGCUCACGGCUUCUCCUCCACGCCUCCUUCACGACGGACGGAUUUGUGCGGAAGAAUGACGGAAUCGGUGACUCUGUGUAGACGAACCCGACCUGCCGGAAUCUUCUAUGCAGUUCUUUUUUUUUUUUUGUCGAUAAAAUGUUUGUUUUUUUUCUGGGAAAACUGAGACACGAUAAAAACUGUUCUGAUCCGAGACCACGGCGAUACCGAACUGCACCUCUGGACCUCGACAGGAACACGGACGUGUGAUUAGGUUCCUGUGUGGGAGUAUACGAUCAUGAUGAUGAUGAUGAUUUCUCAUGCGCUCCAGUGUGAAGCGUAUUUCGUUCGCGUGUGUGUUUACUUUUUUUUUCUUUUAAAGCAUAACAAGCCUUGUUUAUAUGUUUGUGCACCCUUUAGGCCGUGUGUGUGACGCGCAGUGGGUCAGGAGGAUGCUGGACGCAGACAGAGAGAGUGUUUACAGGAGAGCGAGGGAGUUUAAGACACUGUUAGGACGAGCAGAAGUACGAGCACGAAUCGCACGAGAACUGAGUGUGACCGGGACACACACACAACAACCACCAGCAACCUAAACACACACCCACACACACAGUCACAUAAUCCCUCGUGCACACAGACGAAUUUUAAGGAUAAUGAAUAUUUUUUUUAAGGAAAGCCGACUCGCUCGAGCUGAACGUCUACAUUUCUUUUCUUUUCCUGAACAAAAUGAAAUGUUUAAAAAAAAAAAAAAAAAAAGAGUUAUAAAAGCUUAAGGAAUUUGAUCCAGAGAUUGAGUUUUUGUUCUGCUGGCCUUUAAUCACAGAACAGAAGUUUAUUUUAUUUUAUUUUAAUAUGAAAUGCUGCACACGUGUUCACCUGAUCCUUAAUUACUGACCGUCUUUACGCUCGACCGCGGUUCCUGUUGUUCUCCAAACGUUAUGGAUUAACCGAGACGUCUCCGCCCCUCCGCUUCCUUCCUUCACUCGCGCCUUCCUUUGUUCACUGAAUCACUUUCAUUUUUAACCGACUCCACUGCUGAGUCGACUGUCUCUUAAAGACGUGUUAAUAAAGAUUUUUUUUGGUCUUUU